AUGACUAAUUUUGUGAUCCGCUCUGCCACGCCUGCCGACUGCAGUGAUAUUCUCCGCCUAAUCAAGGAACUAGCUAAAUAUGAAAAAAUGGAAGAACAAUUAGUGCUUACUGAAAAAGAUCUGCUUGAAGAUGGGUUUGGAGAUCACCCUUUCUACCAUUGCCUGGUUGCAGAAGUGCCCAAAGAACAUUGGACACCUGAAGGAUACAGCAUUGUUGGCUUUGCUAUGUACUACUUUACUUAUGACCCAUGGAUUGGGAAGCUGUUAUAUCUUGAAGAUUUCUUUGUGAUGAGUGACUUCAGAGGGUUUGGCAUUGGUUCUGAAAUUCUGAAGAACCUAAGUCAGGUUGCAGUCAAAUACUGCUGCAACAGCAUGCACUUCUUAGUGGCUGAAUGGAAUAAGCCAUCCAUCAAGUUCUACCAGAGAAGAGGGGCUUCUGAUCUGUCCAGUGAGGAAGGAUGGAGACUUUUUUGA